AUGGCAAAGCCUGCGGUGCAGACCGCACCAUCCUCUUCGCACAUAAAGGGGCCUGUAUUCAUAGAGGAUGUUUUUGGUGCUGGUUUAGUAUCGAUGUCUGGAUCGCCUCGUACAAUACAACCUAUCUCGUUUCCCUCCUCUUCAGCCCAAAGCUCUACACAAUCUUACAUCCAACGGCAACAACAACAAUCCCAGCAGCCGAUGCGAGAGGAGUUCAAAGCCCCUGGAGGAGAGUUGGAACGAAUCCGGCAGCGUCAGUUAGCUGAGCAUGCAGCUGUCGAAGCCAGAAGGCCUGACUUUUUUGUGCGGGAAGGAAAGCGAAAAGCAGAUGGUUCGGAUGUUUCACGUUCCGGUCAUGUCUCCAAUUCCGGCUCUAAUUCUAACAUGCACCCGUCUGGAGUCGGGAUCAUGGACAGCCCAACCAAAGGUCGAAGGAUCAAAUUAUACGCAUCUUCCUCUACCAACCCAUCUCUGUCUUCUGCCGACGUGGUGAAAGACAAGAUCAAGCUUUUCCCUGACUUGAAACUCUUCCAAGAGACUUCGGAGGAAAGCUUUGAAGAGUCGUUAAUGGCGGGAGGCUAUGGCAGGUACCGAACUGCGGAGUGGGUCAGGCAACCUCAACCCAUUCCGAUCGAGGUUUUACAAGCCCAGGUGCGGCAUGGUCAAGGUGUUGCCAAUCCAGCAGUUACGGGAAGCCCGAUAGUGAAAAGACUUGAAGAUCAGUCAGUUGCUGCUUCUGUCGAACGAGGUGAAGAGAGCUCAGAAACUCCCCUCUCCGAGCAUUUUCCAGCUCAACCUCCUCAACCGCCAACGGAGAAAGAGCUUCGGAAGCGGAAGAGAUUGGAUGCAUUCCGUGUCCUCACUACAGCCUCGUCGCACUCUGCCUCUUCGCCAACUACGGUUACCGUGGAUGACUCGGACAAUGCUUUCGUCAAUAAGGAUGCCAAAUCGAACGGGAAAGGCAGUUUCAGGAAAGAAUCACCCCGAAAGUUAUAUCCGGUGGAACUUGAAGGUCGUGGGCGUGUAUUAGUCGAUGUCCUACCGGGCUCAUCUGUCAGUGGUCAUGGAUCUGAGGAUGCCUUCGUUCAGGAAACUACCGGUGGUGCGAAACGCAAGAAGCGGAAUCUCGCGGCGGAAAAGAGAGAAAGAGAGAUCUCACCGGAGUAUCCUUAUGGUCUUGUCAUUUCACCUUCGAAGAAAAGAGCUGAACUCAAGGUGGCCAGCGGGGUACUGGAAAAGCCAAACUGGCCAGACGCGGAGUUUCCCUGGAGGCUUCGGGAGGAAGAGAGGGAUGAGGCGAAGUUGAAGGAAGAAGAGGAGAGGCUCAAAUGCGUAGAGAGGUUUUUGGAAAGAGACGAUGACUCCGAUUCGACCGACCAUGAUGACAAUCCAUUCGCUGGUGGCAGCAAGGGCAAGGGGAAAGCGGUGGAAGAGGAUGAUGAUCUAUUACCCAGUUCUCAGUGGGGUGUGGUAUAUCAUGAAGAGAGACCAACACCCUUUAAGGCUGGGAGAGGCAAGAUGGUUCCUUUGAAAGCGAAUGCUGCCCAAGAUAUGGGAGAAGCUGGUUCCGAAGAAGACGAAGGAGAUGAACCACUUCCGCUCAGGAGAAAGCGCAGUUCGAUGUAUUUUCCGAGUGAUCCCGCUGAUGCUCGUGCUGCCUUACUGUCAAAACGAAUCGUUAGAGCGUUGUCUUUCAGGAAGCAGCUGGAGGCAGAGAAGAAGCGAAAGAGGAUGCUACGAGAAGCUCGUGGAGCAGAUGUUAUCGGAGUUGAUUGGGAGGAAAAGGAGGAGGAAGUCCCUUGCAUCUGCGAUGGCGCAGGUGCCAAUUUUGAAGAUGACGAUGCACGCGUGGUGCAGUGCGAUUCGUGCGACUUGUGGUAUCACUUUGGUUGCAUGGGUAUCCGGAGCGGCGAACUGAGAGACGUUGAUAAGUGGUUCUGUCCGAAAUGUGCGCCACUAGUCGAAUUAGAGCCAGAAGAGGAGCCGGUAUUUGUGCCUACAGAGGAGACCCAAGCUACUACAAGAGAGCUGGGCGAAAAUCUCAUGUUAUCUAAUAGUCGAUCUCCACGCGACACGCCAGAACCUGAGGCGGGCAGAUCUGCAGGUCUUCCACCCGUUCCACCGCUCUCGUCGAGAGGAUCAGUUAUCUUGAUGUCUCCCAAAACACCGAUCAGGCGAAGGAGUCGAGCAUUUGGCGGCGACUACCUGGAUGAUCUUCCGUCGUCUUCCAUCUCAAGUUAUUCUUACGCUCAACUUGGAUCGUCAUCCUCUUCGCUCUUAACGUCCUCAUCUACACGCGGAUACCCCGUCACCCCUCGACACCGCCUGUGUAAAACUGAACCUCGCGUCCACGGUCAAGAUCCAUUGCUAGGUAGCGGUAAUAAUUAUGAAGAGUCACCGUUAUUCGAUCCACUGAGUACUCCAUCCCGAGGUAUCAAGUUCAACGUACCUCCACCAUUCACUACUCCAACCAGGAAACCCGGUAACGGGAGAACUGGUUUUUACACCCCUUCUCGCAAAUCGGUUGGUGGAUUCGGCGGUCCCGGUUUUUUAUCGUCCGCACUCGAUGACAAGGGAGAUAACUGGGCAGGAUACGGGUAUGGGUACGGGGGUGAUGAAUCGCCAAUCAGGAGGAAGAAGUCUAGUAUCUCUUCCGAUCCUGUGAUGAAAUCAAAGAGAGUCCUCGACGAACUAUUAGCUUCUGUUCCUGGUGCUGCUGGCGGCCUUGCGGAGGGCUUUGAUGACUCUUCUUUGGGAAGAAGCCCCAGCAGAAACAGAGAGGUUGGCUAA